GUUUAGUUGUCUUUAUUUCAAAAAAAACCUCUCAACAGUUUGUGGAGACAUGCUGCUUGGAAGCUGGACAUGGCUAGCAGGCAUAACUGCAGUAGCAUACCUUGUGUACUUGGUAUUAAAGCCAGUGUUGAAAGCAGUUUUUCUUGCAAUUUUCUGUCCACUGGUCUCCACAGCAGCAUUCAAUGCUGAAGAGGGGCCUUAUCCUACUGAGAAGCAGAAGGAUGAGGUCCUGAAAAGGAGCUUCAAGCCUGAAAGAGUGUCUCAGCAAUGGGAUGUGAUUGUGAUCGGCAGUGGACCCUCAGGUUUGACUUCUGCAUACUUUUUGGCCAAAGCUGGAAAGAAAGUCCUGGUGUUGGAGCAGCAUGAUACUGUUGGUGGAACACUGCAUACAUUUGUGGAGCAUGGGUAUGAGUUUGACACUGGACAUCACAUAUCCAUAGCCCAUGGGGAAGAUGAAUUAUUUGGGGUCAUCUUAGAGCAGGUAGCUGGGGGAAAGUUGAAAUACCUCAAAAGUGGAGGGACUGCAGAUGAAUUUGUGAUUGGCACACCAAAGGACCCACAGGGAAUCAGAAGCUACAAAUUUGCUUCUAAAUCUGUUGAUGACUGGGUGCAAAAACUGCUGACAUACUUUCCUGGACAAGAAACAUUUCUGAAAAGUGUUGCCCAGGAUGUCAAGUGGAGUAUUCCUGCAUUCAUGCCUUUCCUGAUUGUCAAGAUUCUUCCCAAGUGGCUGGCAUUACUCAUGAUCAAGCUCAAGAUAUUUGACAUCUUUACAAGUUUUCCAGAGCGUAGUAGACUCUCCACUGAAGAUAAAUUCAAGCAUCUCAAGAAAGUUCACCCUGAUAUGCCAAUAGUGAUGGACCCCUAUGGCAUGGAAGUCAAUUGCAGUCCUGAUGAAUUCCCUUACACCUUCUGGACUGUGCUGCAAAAUACCUAUUGUAAUGGAACAUAUUAUCCAAGAGGUGGGACAUCAAAGCUGGUAUAUUAUGCUGCAAAAAAUUUGCAGGAUGCUGGAGCAGAGGUUUUAGUGAGAGCAAAGGUUACACAGAUCAUCAUGCAGGGUCAAAGAGCCAUUGGGGUCAAAGUGCAAAAGGGAUCAACCACUGUAGAUGUGUUUGCACCCAUUAUCAUCUCUUCAGCCGGUGUUGAAAUAACUUUCAAACAUCUGCUACCAAGUGCCAUGGGAGAGUCAUCCAAGUGGUACAAGGAUGCCAAGCCCUUCCUCAACACACCUGCUGUCAUUUUCCAAUUGUUUAUUGGGCUGGACAAAAAGGGGAAAGAGCUUGAUGAUUUGCCUUGGCAUCUGGUCAGAGCUUUUUCCAGCAACAGGGAUGUUGGGAAGGUCUAUAAAGAGUAUUUGUCUCUUUCUCUGGAAGAAGCAUUGGACACAGAUAUCCAGCUUUAUGGGUAUACAUCUCCAUCAAUAAAAGACCCAACCUAUGAGGAGAGACAUCCAGGAAAGGCAACUUUGGAAGCUUUUGCCCUUGCCAACAAUGAUUGGUUCAAGUCAUGGCAGCACUUGCCUGUGAAGAAGAGAGGAGAUGAUUAUGAUGGACUGAAGAAAGCAUUUGGCCAGAAGAUCCUGGAAAAGAUUCUGGAUAUUUAUCCUCAUCUCAAGGACCAUGUGGACUGUCUAGUCUAUGGCACCAGUGCUGCUGCAAACUUCUACUUGAACAGAAAUGCAGGUGGUGGUGCCAAAUUGGAGAAUACCAGAGCGAGGAUGUGCCUGGAAGCAUCUGCCAAAAUGAGAGCAGAUUCAGGAAUUCCAGAUAAUGGAACUGAGUAUCACUUCACGAACUCGGAGAACACCCGGUAUCCAGUGGGAUCCGAGUUCUUUUGGAUCUACAUCGGGAUCUACUGUGUUUUGGCCCUCUGUGCUGGUGUUUUUGCUGGCUUGACUGUCGGACUGCUGAGCUUGGAUCCGUUAACAUUGAAGGUUGUCAGUGAAUCCGGAUCGACAGAGACACAACGUCGACGAGCGAAGCGUCUUCUUCCUUUGGUUCGGAAUCAUCAUCUUGUUCUAGUGUCGCUCGUGUUGGCAAAUGCAGCCGCUGUUGAAGCAAUGCCGAUAUUUUUGAACGGCAUUACCAAUGAAAUCGUCGCCGUGUUGGUUUCCGUUACAGUUGUGCUUUUCCUUGGAGAAAUUUUACCGCAAGCCCUGUGUACGAAAUACGGUCUAGCGAUUGGGUCCUGCAUGUCACCGUUGAUCUACUUGACCAUCGCCGUUUUCUUCCCGAUAACCUACCCCAUCUCGAAAGUGCUUGAUUGCUGUCUUGGGAAGGAUCAUCAGACAUUUUACAAGCGUCAAGAGCUGAAGACCUUGGUGGCAUUGCACGGCCCUCAGAAAUUCCGGAACGGCAAAAAGCGGGAUUCGUCCAGUCUCUUGGGCAGCAAAGAGAAAUUAGUCAAAGACACGGAUGAUCAGGACAACGAUGCCUUCUGUGAAGGCGAGUGCGGAGUUGAUGCAGACGUGCCUUUGACACGGGAUGAAGUGAUGGUCAUUGAAGGGCUUUUGAAUUUGAAAGAGAAGAAUGUGGGUGUGGCCAUGGUGGAGUUUGAAGACGCCUUUGUGCUGAGUUUGGACGCUGUCUUGGAUUUCAAAACCUACGACAAGAUAGUGAAGAAGGGAUUUUCACGGAUUCCAGUGUACGAUGGAACCCCUCAAAAUAUUGUCAAGAUCCUGUUGGUGAAAACGCUGAUCACAGUGGAUCCACAAGACAAAAUCUCCAUUCGGAAUCUUUUGAGGAGAGCGGACUUCCACGCUGUGAAUCCGGCAUUCGUGCAAGUGGACAGGCCAUUGAGUGACGUACUCAACGACUUCAAGGCAGCCAGAGCUGGUCAUCUUUCCAUCGUGCAGAAAAACGACGGCAGUGGAGAAGUCGUUGGGAUUGUCACUCUGGAAGACGUUAUUGAGGAAAUGUUGCAAAUGGAGAUCUACGAUGAAUUUGACAUGAUUCCUCGACGACCUUCCAUUCCUGGGUACUUGCAUUUCCGCAAAGUGCAUCGAGUCCAUUCGCACUGGGAACGUGGAGAAACAGGCAGUUUGAUGGAAAGCAUGGAACAAGAACGCGGCGAAAGUCCUCUUGUGCAUCCCGAACAUCCUGGCACAAAGCGUCGAUUUCACAGGCAGGCUAGUGCUGGACACAUCGGCGUGAUGCGUCCAGCUAAUGUUCAUAAUCAUCAUCAGCCUGCCAAUAAAUCCGGAGCAGAAGGUGUGACCAACGAUUGGCACGGACCGCAAAUUUAUGCCAUUCCGGUGAGCUUGCAAACGUCG